UGACUCCCUCUCCUCCAACGCCUCCAUCUCCCGCCACCUACACACCCUCACCGGCCGCCCCCACGUCGCCGGAACCCCCGCCAACGCCGACGCCGCCGCCUACGUCCUCUCCAUCUUCACCUCCUCCAAUCUCAACUCCCGCAUCACACCCUACCACGUCGCCCUCACUUACCCUAUCUCCCGCUCCCUAACACUAACCCCUUCACCUUCUUCACCUCCCCUCAACUUUGACCUCCAACAAGAAACCUACCCCGGCGACCCUUAUGCUGACGUGGCAGCCGAGGUCCUCCCCACUUUCCACGCCUUUGCCAAGUCCGGGGACGUGACCGGUGAAGUUGUGUACGUCAACUACGGGAGGUUGGAGGACUAUGAGACUCUUAAGAAUAUGGGAGUCAACGUUUCUGGCACUAUUGUGCUUGCUAGGUAUGGAGAGAUUUUCAGGGGGAGUAUAGUGCAGAUUGCAUACGAGCAAGGGGCGAUUGGGGCUUUGGUGUAUACGGAUAGGAAGGACUACGGCGGAGGAGGCGGAGGGAGGUGGUUUCCGGAGGAGAAGUGGCUGCCGCCGAGUGGGGUGCAGGUGGGGACGGUGUAUAACGGGAUAGGGGACCCGACAACGCCGGGGUGGGCGAGUAGUGAAGAGUGUGAGAGGCUUUCUGAUGAGGAAGUGGAGAAGAGUGGGGACUUGACUUUGAUACCUUCACUGCCUAUUUCUGGUGCUGAUGGUGAGGUUAUUUUGAGGGCCAUCGGAGGAAAAGUGGCGAAUGAUGAUUGGCAGGGGAGUGGGGAUGCCCCAACUUAUAGGGUUGGUCCAGGUCCUGGGGUUGUGCAUCUUAGUUACAAUGGGAAGCAAGUUAUAGAAAAAAUUGAGAAUGUGAUUGGUGUCAUAGAAGGUGAAGAAGAACCUGAUAGAUUUGUCAUUCUAGGUAAUCACCGCGAUGCGUGGACAUUUGGAGCUGUUGACCCAAAUAGUGGAACUGCAGCACUGCUAGAUAUUGCUCAAAGAUUGGGGAAGCUGCAGGAAAAAGGAUGGAAACCUCGGCGCACAAUUAUCUUGUGCAAUUGGGAUGCUGAAGAAUAUGGCUUGAUAGGAUCAACUGAAUGGGUAGAAGAAAACAGAGAAAUGCUAGCUUCAAGGGCUAUUGCUUACUUGAAUGUCGACAGUGCAGUAUAUGCGCCAGGAUUCUGGGCCUCUGCCACUCCACAGCUUGAUGAACUUCUUAAACAAGCUACUCAACAGGUCAAAGAUCCUGAUAACUCAUCACAAACUGUCUACCAAGCAUGGGUUGGUUCCAGCAGUUCCCCUACAAUUGGCAGGUUGGGAAGUGGAGAAUCUGAUUUUGCAGCUUUUGUUCAAUAUAUUGGAAUUCCAUCAGUUGACAUGGCUUUCGGUAGAGGAUACCCAGUAUACCAUUCCAUGUACGAUGACUUUGUAUGGAUGGAAAAAUUUGGUGAUCCUUUCUUUCAUAGGCAUGUUGCAGUGGCCAGUUUAUGGGGUUUGAUAGCUCUUUGGCUAGCAGAUGCAGAGUUUUUGCCUUUUGAUUAUACAUCCUAUGCACUGGAGCUGCAGAAAUACAUGAAGGAUUUGGAAAUUGAGAUAUCAGACAAGAACAUAAACCUAACUCCUCUGUUCAAGUCUGUUGAGGAACUCAAAAAAGCAGCCACAUUAAUCAACAACCAGCAAAGGGAAAUAAAACAAAACAAUGGCUGGCCUUCUAUAAGGAAGAAAGAUCAUUUUAAGGUGAGAGAGCUGAAUGACAGACUAAUGAUGGCAGAGCGUGCGUUUACAGAUCAAGAUGGACUGUUUGGAAGGUCAUGGUAUAAGCAUUUGGUUUAUGGGCCCGCAAGAAAUGAUGAUUACGGAACUAAAUCAUUCCCCGGCGUAGAUGAGGCCACUGAAAAGGCAAAGAGACUGAACACAGCAGAGUCAUGGAAAUUUGUACAACAUGAAGUUUGGAGAGUUGCUAGAGCUGUGAGACAUGCAGCAAUAGUCAUCAAUGAUUUUCCCUGUUCAGAUUAUUGUUUUGCCAAAUUCAGAUAAUGGAAUAUUAAUGGUAUUGCCCAUUUUGAUGAAGGCAGCCACUUUAACCCUUAU